AUGCUUUCUGUGAAUAAUAAAGUUGGGAGACCUUUCAGUCCAAACUCUGAGCUUGGUUCUCAUCAAAUAAUCCACUCUGGAGAGAAACCUUAUGAAUGUAAACACUGUGGAAAGGCUUUUACAAUAAGGGGCAAUCUUAACAGACAUGAGAGAAUCCACACUGGAGAAAAACCUUAUGAAUGUACACGCUGUGGACAGGCUUUCACUCGGAAGGGCCAUCUUGCCAGACAUCUGAGAAUUCAUACUGGAGAGAAACCUUAUGAAUGCAAACAGUGUGGAAAAGCCUUUCCACGGAGAAGCCGUCUUGCUGCACAUCACAGAGCCCACACUGGAGAGAAACCUUAUGAAUGUACACAGUGUGGAAAGACUUUCACAGAGAGGGCCUCUCUUCGGAGGGCCUCUCUUCGUUUACACCUGAGAAUCCAUACUGGAGAGAAACCUUAUGAAUGUACACAGUGUGGGAAGACUUUCACAGGGAGAGCCUCUCUUCGUUUACAUCUGAGAAUCCACACUGGAGAGAAACCUUAUGAAUGUAAACAAUGUGGAAAGGCUUUCACUUGGAGGCAACAACUUUCUUCACAUCAGAGAAUCCAUACUGGAGAGAAACCUUAUGAAUGUACACAUUGUGGAAAGACUUUCACGGGAAAGGCCUCUCUUCGUUUUCAUCUGAGAAUCCACACUGGAGAGAAACCUUUUGAAUGUACACAGUGUGGAAAGGCUUUCACUCGGAGUGGUGAAUCCCCGCCCCACGGGAGCCCGGAGGCAGCUCGGGGAGGGGGUGCAGAAGAGGAAGUCUCCCCGCCUCGGGGAUCCCACCUGAAGGACCAGAGUCUGGCCACAGCAGAGACCCCUGAGCCCGAGGGAAUGGCCCCCAGAACCCGGAGGCUCCCAUCCCAGGGAUCAAUAACAUUCAAGGAUGUGGCUGUGGACUUUACUCAUGACGAGUGGUGCCUGUUGGAUCAUUCUCAGAAAGAGCUAUACAAGGAGGUCAUGCUGGAGAAUGUGCAGAAUCUACUCUUUGUGGGUGGCUUCAGGUGA